UGUCAGUUCAGACGCUGAUUUUGAUCUGUCUUUUCUCUGGACUGUGGCCCAUCUAUAAUCACACCAUGACAAGCUACACAGAUAAAGGGGAGAAGCCUGCCAGGGGAAAGUUUGUCCGGUUUCAUCAUGUCACCUUUUGGGUGGGCAAUGCUAAACAGGCAGCCUCCUUCUACUGUGAUAAGAUGGGCUUCGAGCCUUUGGCCUAUAAGGGUCUGGAGACUGGCAGCAGAGAGGUGGUGUCUCAUGUCAUCAGACAGGAUAAGAUAAUAUUCGUGUUUGAAUCUCCACUAAAUCCUGGAAAUGAAGAGAUGGGAGGACACCUGAUGAAGCAUGGAGACGGAGUCAAAGACAUUGCUUUCCAAGUGGAAGACUGUGACUUCUUAGUCAAGACAGCUAAAGAGAGAGGAGGUGUAAUCGUCAAGGAGCCCUGGGUGGAGCAGGACAGCCACGGGAGGGUCAAGUAUGCUGUGGUUCAAACGUAUGGAGAUACAACACACACACUCGUUGAAUACCUCGGACCCUACAAAGGCCUUUUCCUGCCCGGCUACAAAGAGCCUCUGUUUAGGGAUCCUCUGUUAGCCAAACUUCCACCAGGAGGUUUGAACUUCAUUGAUCACAUUGUGGGAAACCAGCCAGAUGACCAAAUGGUGCCAGUUUCUGACUGGUAUCAGAAGUGUUUGAUGUUCCACCGGUUCUGGUCAAUAGACGACAAGCAGAUCCACACCCAGUACAGUGCACUGAGGUCCAUAGUGGUGACAAACUACGAAGAGACCAUCAAGAUGCCCAUCAAUGAACCUGCCAUAGGCAAGAAGAAGUCACAAAUCCAGGAAUAUGUGGACUAUAACGGGGGACCGGGUGUUCAGCACAUCGCCCUCAACACAUCAAAUAUUAUCGAAACUAUAGUGAACCUGCGAGCCCGGGGGAUGGAGUUCCUCUCAGCCCCUGACAUGUACUAUGACACCCUGCGGGAGAAACUCCGAACUGCUAAGAUCAAGGUGAAGGAGGACCUUGACCGUUUACAGGAACUGAAAAUCUUAGUUGACUUCGAUGACAAGGGCUACCUCCUCCAAAUCUUUACCAAGCCUGUGCAGGACAGACCGACCCUUUUCCUGGAGGUCAUUCAGCGGAACAAUCACUUUGGCUUUGGGGCAGGAAACUUCAAGUCUCUCUUUGAGGCCAUUGAGAAGGACCAAGACGCCAGGGGCAACCUCACUGUGCUGACACCCGAAGGACAGGCCAGAACCUUCUACUGAUCCUCACACUGCUGCUGCCAAACCACACUUUG